AUCAGCGCCUCGGUGUUGCUGAUGAAAAUCCAAGUCGUCUUGAAGGAAGACAAUGAGUGGACGACAUUCCCCAAGUCAUGGUCGCUUGACCAGCUAUUCCGCAUGGCAAAGUGCAGUACCACACAAAAUGGAAUGGCCUCUUCUGGGAUCUACUGUCAGUCGUUUCAAUGACGACCGUGCUGCCGCCCACCUGUAUGGGUCCUGAAUGAGAUUGUCACUCUCCUUUCUGAGACCUUGAGGCUCGCGCGACGUACACAACCUUACUUGUAGACCGCAGCCAUGAAUACUGCAACGGUCUCCAUGGCGGUUACGCCUACCGUAAUUUCAACUUUCAUGUCUCAUUACCUCAAUCGGAGGCCCCUGAAGCAGCGUCCAACAGCCCAUCUCUCCUACGACGAAGGCCUACAUCUUAUUAGGUCCUUCUUAACUUUCGCGGCACAACACACUGUGGAAGAACUACAGACCUUCACGUCACAAUGGGUGCCUCACCCUCAAUGGGUCAAAGUCGAUACCGUUGAGAUUCCUGUGGAGAAGGUGGAUGAAGCUGCUACAGCUAUACAAGACCAACUUGGGCCAGUAGGCAUCAGAAGAGUAGGCGGAAAGACGUGGUGGCAAUGGCGCAAACCGAAGAUACCCCUCGAAGCUGAGUGGGUGGAGAUGCGGGCUGACCGACACGAGCGCAAGGAGUCGGGGGAGCCGGGAAAGCGAGUUAUGCUGUACGUCCACGGAGGGGCAUACUUCUUCGGGUCCGUCGACGAACAUCGCUACCAACUACAGCGCCACUCGAGAAAGCUCAAAGCAAGACUGUUUGCGCCCAAGUACCGGCUCGCGCCUCAAUUUCCCUUCCCUUGCGGUCUUCAGGACUGCCUAGCUGCAUACUUGUAUCUGCUGACGGUUCAAGAUCCAACCACCGUCAUCUUCGCGGGAGACUCUGCUGGUGGUGGGAUGGUCUUGAGCUUACUUGUCGUCAUUAGAGACAGAGGCCUUCCUCUGCCCGCGGGUGCUAUUCUCAUUAGCCCCUGGGUUGAUCUUACACAUUCUUUUCCAAGCGUGGCUAGCGAAUGUCCUUUGGACUACAUUCCGUCUCAUGGCUUUCAUCACAAGCCCUCAACAUCUUGGCCACCACCCAAUAGCGACGAGCAUGCUAUGCUCGUAGAGCAGGUAAAAAUGCACGCCGACUUGAGCCAGGCAAAACUCGGGAAACAGGCUUCAGUGGAGAUGCAGCAAGACGACAGAGACGCAGCUGAAGGUUCUACACCGCCUGCUCAAGAUGUAGCGCCAGAUCUCCUUUCGAUCAAUCUCGAUGGCAAGGAAAUAUACUUGAAAGAUCAAAUCCAGAUGUACACUACUAACGAUAUGCUCUUUCAUCCGCUUGUCAGCCCUAUCAUGCAACCAACCCUGGGCGGCCUUCCACCACUGCUCAUUAUGGUAGGUGGUGGUGAAUUUCUCCGAGAUGAGCAGAUAUACUUGGCUCAUAAGUGCGCAAACCCGACCGAGUAUACGCUGGAUGAUGCUCGGAUGGAUGAUUUGGCGAAGGAGCAAUUAGCACGCUUCAAGCCAACAGAUGUGCAACUCCAAGUAUGGGAUGACCUCUGCCACGUAGCACCAACACUCAGUUUCACGCGUCCGGCCAAGUUUAUGUAUCGAUCUAUCGCUCAAUUUGGAGCUUGGGCUCUUGCACGAGCACAGCAUACCGAGAUUGAAAUUCUUGAUGACGAUGAUAUCUCCGUCAUUUCGAGUGAAAUCGGUGGCUCUCGAACGCCUACGAGGGAAGAAAUGAAAUCCUCUACACCGGAAGCCGUUGGCAAGGCUGGGGAUGAACUUCCGGUCUUCAAGAGCCAUAUGAUUCGCCAGCGUGUGGAUCGCCACGGUAUACUCACCCCUUUAGAUCCGCCGACGGAUCUACCUGCUUGCACCAUGGAUCCAGCCAAAGUCGGCACACUACAAGAAGGACCAGUUCGAAAGUGGCUCGAGGCUCGCAGGCAUUUGGACCACCGCUUCGCCGCUACUCGCGCCAAGAUACACAAAGCCCGUCUCAAAGAGAUGAUAGCUGGCUACAAGGAUUUUCCGGGCGAAAAACCCCCUCCCAGCGCGCUUGCAGGUCGGCUGCACAAGGACUACGAGACUGACCCUACCAAGAAGAAGAAGAAGAAGGGCUUGGGUCUUGCGCUGUGGUCACUGUGGGGUUCAAAGCACGACGAAAUGACCGUUUCUCGUAAGCAGGAUACGGACGAGCCGCAACGCAGAGUCACUACUCAAGGAGGCGCUGGUGCCCGCAGUGUGGGCGAUCUUCAAAGACAGGAGCAGCACGUUCGGGAUGACCAUCAGACAACAGCCGAUGUGGCGGUAGCUGGGGCCGCACUUGAUGAUACGUUCGAGGAGGAGCCUGUUACUAGCAGUACCCCUCGAACCAGUCGUCAGUCCUAGGAAGUUGUAGCCACAUUAAGUGUAUUAAAUGAUUGAUUGUAUUAUAGACUGAUGUCUGUCGUAAGGUUUAAUUUUAAUUCAAGAUACUUGAAAGAAACCAAA